UAUGAAUGGGUGGUGCGCGCGCUCGCGGUGCACAGCAGGACUCUAGAACUUUAAGAACAUUAGGAUCCAAUAAGAACGUGGUUCUAGUACGAACCAGAAGACAUCUCUUUAUCAUAUCAGCAGACCAAGAUCGAUCGAGCGAGCGAGCGGCUUGGAGAGAGAGGCUUGGAGAGGCUUGACGCAUAACCCCGCCCCUCGGCUCAGAAGGUGGAAAUCCCUGCCCUAGUUUUAAAUCCUUACUUUACCUCAUUCAGCGCACCUCGUUUACCACGGUCCAUCUGCCAGGGACGAUUUUACACAUUUGUUUUCCAUUCAGCCUCUCCUAAAGGACAUAUUUUAAACGCAUCGGCAAGCGCACCUGUUAAGCGUCCCCAUGCGUAAAACAUGAAUUACUGAGAGAUCUUCGGUUCCGUGUGGAGGUGAACGGACAGGAUCCGCCGGUGAGCAUCACAUCAUCAGUCAAACACACACACACACACGAGAGGAGCGACCGGUGUCAUGAUGGACCCGCGAGCCGCGUGCUGAUGUUCGGAGUCCACGAUGGAUUCCUGCGCGUCUACUUCAAGAUUCCCACACAACCGUAUUAUAAAUGGAGGAGGAGAGUGAUUGCCGCAAAAUUAACAACAGCUUCCUGCGGGACCACAACUAUGCAACUGAAGCUGAUAUCAUCUCUACUGUGGAGUUUAACUCUACGGGAGAGCUCCUGGCCACCGGAGACAAAGGAGGAAGAGUGGUGGUUUUCCAAAGGGAACAAGAGAGCAAAAAUCAGCCUCACAGACGUGGGGAAUACAAUGUUUACAGUACGUUUCAAAGCCACGAGCCAGAGUUUGACUAUCUGAAGAGCUUAGAAAUUGAAGAGAAGAUCAACAAGAUACGCUGGCUGCCUCAGCAGAACGCUGCGUACUUCUUGCUAUCCACCAAUGAUAAAACUGUUAAACUGUGGAAGAUCAGUGAGAGGGACAAGAGACCUGAGGGAUAUAAUCUGAAAGAUGAAGAUGGAAGGAUACGAGACCCAACCACUAUCACCACGUUACGGGUGCCAGUAUUGCAGCCCAUGGACCUUAUGGUUGAAGCUACACCUAGAAGAGUGUUUUCCAAUGCACACACGUAUCACAUCAACUCCAUCUCUGUAAACAGCGACUAUGAAACCUUCAUGUCCACUGAUGACCUGAGGAUCAACCUGUGGAACCUGGAGAUCACCAACAGAAGCUUCAACAUUGUAGAUAUAAAGCCAGCGAACAUGGAGGAGCUGACGGAGGUGAUCACAGCGGCGGAGUUUCACCCUCACCAGUGUAACACAUUCGUCUACAGUAGCAGUAAAGGCUCCAUACGUCUGUGUGACAUGAGGGCCUCGGCACUCUGUGACAACCAUUCAAAAUUUUUUGAGGAGCCAGAAGAUCCAAGCAAUCGUUCCUUUUUCUCUGAAAUCAUCUCUUCCAUCUCUGACGUGAAGUUCAGCCACAGUGGGCGCUACCUGAUGACACGUGACUAUCUGACAGUGAAGGUCUGGGAUCUCAACAUGGAGAGCAAACCAUUAGAGACCUAUCAGGUUCACGACUACUUAAGAAGUAAACUGUGCUCGCUGUACGAAAACGAUUGCAUCUUCGACAAAUUCGAAUGCGUCUGGAAUGGAUCCGACAGCGUGAUCAUGACAGGUUCCUACAACAAUUUCUUCCGAAUGUUCGACCGCAAUACAAAGCGCGACGUGACGCUGGAGGCGUCUCGGGAGAACAGCAAACCUCGGGCGAUCCUGAAACCCCGCAAGGUGUGCGUUGGUGGUAAACGUCGCAAAGACGAGAUCAGCGUUGACAGCUUGGACUUCAGCAAGAAAAUCCUCCACACCGCCUGGCAUCCGUACGAAAACAUCAUCGCCGUUGCAGCCACCAAUAACCUUUAUAUAUUUCAGGAUAAGGUCAACUAGCACAACUGUACCACCUCCAGACCAGAUAACAUUGUAGCGCUGCUCGAUGUGAUGUCGAAGGGUGUGUUUGUGCUAGUUUUGUAACCCAUGUGGGAGGAAGACUGUAGGGUACAAAUAAAGCAUUUUUGAUGCUGCAGGUGGCCCUGCACAAUCCCUCUUCCUAUUAAAUAUCUGCAUUUCCUCUCAUUUUUUCCAUAUAACUGUUUAUUUAUUGUAUUUAUUCAUUUUCUGUGCUGAAUGGAAAUGCCUCCUUGAACCAGUGCAAAUGUGCAUUGACACGAUGUGAAGUUCGGCUGUGGACAUGGACCCCUUUAUCGACAUCAGAGAGGUGCCUUUAUAAAAGACAUACUGAAUAAAAACAAAGCCCUCCUGAUUUCUGCCAAAAUGGCAAUGAUAGACUGAUCUAAACUGAUUGAUCCCGACACACACACACAAUCUAUGGAUGCAAUCGCAGCAACCUGAUUGGUCCUCUUGAAUGGAGCGCUGGAGUAAAAGUCAAUCUCAUUGGUCAAAACGUCAUGUUUCAUUAUUUCAUGUCGACCUUUUGUUUUGAUGUAACCAUUAAUAAGCUGUGGUGCCUUCUUUUCGUAUAUGGGUACUGGGGGUCAGAUAGGGUGGUUGGGUGGGAUUUGGAAGGAUGGUUUUUGGGUCGUGAAGUGUGAAUGUUUUUACAAGAAAUGUGAAUAGCUUUGUGUACGAUGGGAAAAGAAUUGCAGCAACGUGGUGUAUGAGUACACAAAAUUGAAGUACUUGAAUUUUCCAUUAUAGUCAACAUUAUCUAUGCUCAUGACUCAAACCAUGUUAUUUUUUAAACUUCAGUGCUGUGCCGGGUGUAAAGUAUUAUUGCAUGCAACAUGACGUCACCAAUGAGCCAAUGAAGAAAACAGACAUAUACAAACAUCAGAUACCAUGUUUUUCAUUCGAACAAACCUGUUUUUUUCCACAGCAUUUGUCUGAGACUGUUAAAACGUUGUCCUCGUUUACUUCUGUCACAGUUUGGCCUGAGGAUGACUGAAAACCGGUAUCAUGAUGUAGCCUAUACAUGACAUACGUGAAGGUUAAAUGAUAUCAGGGAAUUUUAUGUACAAAUGAACCAGUAAUGUAAUGUACUCCUCUUAAGAAAAAAACUUCUGUUGAAUUCUUAAUGAAUCAAAGUUUUAUAGCUCAGAAUGUAUCUACAUGCAAUUAUUUGCCAUGCAGUCUUUAUGCUUAAUGGGAUUCGUUGAAAUAAAAAGAAACGAAAACAAA